AUGGGGUGGGGGUUUCGGGACAAGCUAAAGCUGAUCUCGCCGCAGCUGCUGCCGCGGGGAGAGCCUGACGCCUCUCGGCUCUGGCCCUCGCCACAGCUCCCAACGUGGCACAGCAACAGGGCGGGUCACUCCGCUACUCCGACCGCCACCCAAAACUUGGCACAAUUAAUUCCCGUUUGGCUCGGCAGCCCCACAAAGCCUCACCCGGCGGCGGCCGCCGCCUCAGCUCCCAACGUGGCACAGCAACAGGGCGGGUCACUCCGCUACUCCGACCGCCACCCAAAACUUGGCACAAUUAAUUCCCGUUUGGCUCGGCAGCCCCACAAAGCCUCACCCGGCGGCGGCCGCCGCCUCAGGCCAGAGCCUCAGCAGAAAGCCCCCUCUGCCCCGCCGCCGCCGCCGCCGCCGCCGCCCCUGCCGGAGCCCGGGCCGCCGCCCCUGCCGGAGCCCGCCCCGCCGGAGCCCGAGGAGGAGAUUCUGGGCUCGGACGAUGAGGAGCAGGAGGAUCCCGCAGAUUACUGCAAAGGAGGCUAUCAUCCAGUGAAAAUUGGUGAUCUUUUCAAUGGCCGGUAUCAUGUUAUUAGAAAGUUAGGAUGGGGACACUUCUCUACAGUCUGGCUAUGCUGGGAUAUGCAGGGAAAAAGGUUUGUUGCAAUGAAAGUUGUAAAAAGUGCCCAGCAUUAUACAGAGACAGCCUUGGAUGAAAUAAAGUUGCUCAAAUGUGUUCGUGAAAGUGACCCUAAUGAUCCCAACAAGGAUAUGGUUGUACAGCUAAUUGAUGACUUCAAAAUUUCUGGAAUGAAUGGAAUUCAUGUCUGCAUGGUCUUUGAAGUACUUGGACAUCAUCUUCUGAAAUGGAUAAUCAAGUCCAAUUAUCAAGGCCUUCCUAUCCGUUGUGUAAAAAGCAUAAUUCGACAGGUACUUCAGGGUCUAGACUACCUACACAGCAAGUGCAAGAUCAUCCAUACAGAUAUAAAGCCGGAGAACAUUUUGAUGUGCGUGGACGAUGCCUACGUGCGCAGGAUGGCUGCUGAGGCUACCGAGUGGCAGAAGGCUGGUGCUCCUCCCCCGUCUGGCUCUGCAGUGAGUACAGCUCCACAACAAAAGCCUGUUGGAAAAAUAUCCAAAAACAAAAAGAAGAAACUGAAGAAAAAACAGAAGAGGCAAGCUGAGCUGCUAGAAAAACGCCUGCAGGAAAUAGAGGAACUAGAGCGGGAAGCUGAGAGGAAAAAAAUAGAAGAAAAUGUAACCUCAGCUGUACCAUCAAAUGAACAAGAAGAUGAGUACCACCCAGAGGUGAAACUAAAAACAGCUGAUAUAGAAGAGGUAGUAGAUGAAGAACCUGGAAAUGAUGAUGGUGAAGCAGAAGAUCAGGAUGAAAAAGAAGACACAGAGAAGGAGAACACUGAAAAAGAUGAUGAUGUUGAGCAGGAACUUGUCAACACUGACUCUACAGACCCUAAAUGGAUAGAAUCCCCCAAAACAAAUGGCCAUAUUGUGAACGGCCCAUUCCUAUUGGAACAACAGAUUGAAGAUGAAGAUGAGGAAGAGGAAGAAUGUCCAAAUCCAGAGGAGUAUAAUCUAGAUGAUCCAAAUGCAAAAAGUGAUUACUCUUAUAGCAGCUCCUAUGAACAGUUUAAUGGUGAAUUGCCAAAUGGACGUCAUAAAAUUCCAGAGUCCCAGUUCUCUGAAUUUUCAGCGUCAGUGUUCUCUGGGGCUCUAGAGUCUGUAGCUUGUGGUUCUGCUGUUUCUGAAGGAUCAACUGUAACUGAAAGGGAGGAGAGCAGCCCAUCUCAUGACAGGAGCAGAACGGUUUCAGCUUCCAGCACCGGGGAUUUGCCAAAAACAAAAACUCGUGCUGCUGACUUACUGGUGAAUCCACUGGACCCAAGAAAUGCAGAUAAAAUUAGAGUUAAAAUUGCUGACCUGGGGAAUGCCUGCUGGGUGCAUAAACACUUCACAGAAGACAUCCAGACAAGACAGUACAGAUCCAUAGAGGUUUUGAUAGGAGCAGGUUACAGUACACCUGCUGAUAUCUGGAGUACAGCAUGUAUGGCGUUUGAGCUAGCGACUGGAGAUUACUUGUUUGAGCCACACUCUGGUGAAGACUAUUCCAGGGAUGAAGACCACAUAGCAUUGAUCAUUGAACUGCUGGGAAAAAUCCCUCGAAAAUACGCUAUGUUGGGGAAAUAUUCCAAGGAGUUUUUCACCAAAAAAGGAGAACUCCGACACAUUACCAAAUUGAAACCUUGGAGUCUUUUCGAUGUGCUUGUGGAGAAGUAUGGUUGGCCUCAUGAAGAUGCUGCACAGUUUACAGAUUUCCUGAUCCCCAUGCUAGAAAUGGUCCCAGAGAAACGUGCUUCAGCUGGAGAAUGCCUUAGGCAUCCGUGGCUGAAUUCUUAGCAGAAUCUUCCAGCUGUUAAAAAAAAAAAAAAAAAAAAA